GGCGCUUUCGGCGGAGGGCUUCACUCGAGUCUGUGGCAUUCGUGGCGCAGUGAUGCCGGGGGCGGUUCUGCUGGUGGCGGCCACGGGGGUCGCUCUCGUUGUGGCCUUUCUGCUGCUUCUCUACCUUGUCUCGCCGCUCAACUAUCCCAAACCGCUGUCGUUGUCCGGGGCUCACGUUGUGGUAACUGGAGGUUCCAGUGGCAUUGGGAAAAGCAUUGCUAUUGAGUGCGUCAAGCAGGGUGCUUUCGUGACACUGAUUGCAAGAAACGAGAAACGUCUCUUGGAGGCCAAGAAAGAAAUUGAGACAUUUUCAGUUAAUGAUAAACAGGUUGUGCAUUCUAUUUCUCUUGAUGUUUCCAAAGAUUAUGCAAAUGUGGAGAAGUCGCUUAAACAAGCUCAAGAAAAGUUGGGUCCUGUUGACAUGCUUGUUAACUGUGCUGGAACAUCAAUAACUGGAAAAUUUGAAGAUAUCGAUACCUAUAGGUUUGAGCAAUUAAUGGCUAUCAACUAUCUGGGUAGUGUUUACCCAACUCGUGCAGUAGUUGGUAAAAUGAAGGAAAGAAGAAUGGGGAGGAUUGUGUUUGUCUCAUCACAGGCUGGACAAGUUGGUGUUUAUGGCUAUUCAGCUUAUUCUGCAACAAAAUAUGCUCUUAGAGGAUUAGCCGAAUCUUUACAUAUGGAGGUAAAACCAUAUAACAUAUGUGUGACCAUUGCCUAUCCACCAGAUACAGACACACCUGGCUUUGCAGAAGAAAGUCAGAACAAGGUGUUAGAAACCAAACUUAUUUCAGAAGCAUCAUCAUCAAUCUGCCAACCUGAAUAUGUUGCCAAAAUUAUUGUUAAGGAUGCUGUUCAAGGAAAAUUUACUAGUUCUGUUGGUGCUGAUGGUCACAUGCUGACAAUAUUAACUAAUGGAAUGGCCCCAGUUUCUUCCAUUGCUGAAAUCCUAGAGUCGGUUAUGUUCCUGGGCAUUUUCCGCUUGGUCAGUCUGUAUUUUAUAGCAGGUUUUGACAGCAUUGUUCGCCGUUGCAUGAUAGAAAAAGAGAAAUCUAAAAAGACAGACUGAAGUAGAACAAUGCUUUGAACUGAAUCCUGAUUAGAAAGGUGGACAAUUUGUUGUUACAUAGGACCAUGCUUGUGUGGUCUGAAUAUGCCUCAUAGUGAUAUAUAUAUAUAUAUGCUGAAGUGAUGGUGAUCUUCAGUGGUGAAAGAAGGAAACAAAUGAACAAUUCCAGAAAAAGUGCUACUGAAGAAGACUGCUGUUUUUAUUUUCUGUUAUUUGAAAUUAUAGAUGUUGCCUUAGAAAUGAAUUUAUGAAAGAGCAGAGCUUCAGAGUAGUCUUUUUGCUGGUAAUUCUGCACAAAUACAUUGUUUUAGCAGUUUUGAAGGAUUUAGUCAAUGGUGAAUUUAAUCCAGAAUUGAAGUAAACAACUUGGUCUCUUCCAGAUAUCGAGGACUACAAUUCUCACAGAUGUUUGCCAUUGUCCCUGCUAUUGCCCUCCCCCUCUUCCUGUCCCCUCCAAGCCUUGGAGAAUGUAGGGUUGCCUAACCAAAUCUAAAAUACAGUUAACAUAUUUCUAUGGUGUAGAACACAUCUCAAUUGCCUCAGAUCUAACCCUUAUUUUGUACCUCUCAAAAGUCAUGCAGUUGAAUUGUCUUGCCCAUACUGACACUUUAAAUAAACAAAAGCUCUUUUUUUUACAAUUUAAAUUAUAGUUAGUCAUGGGAGGAAGACUAUAUCAAAUGGGAGAACUAACCUUUCGUAGGACAGCUCCAUUGGAUUUAAUAUACCGAGUCAAGAAUUGGUAGGUUUCCUCCCAUGUGUUCUUGGGACCUGAUCUAAUAAGAUAUGGUAAUUAAUCUUUUCUGCUCUUAAGUGCAUAGUUUUGUGAAGUAUUCAUUCUGUUUUAUUACGCACUGUACCUGGAUGGCAGGAUAUUAUUAAUAUGUUCCAAAGUUCCCUGUGUGGGAGCAAUGAAGAAUGCUUUAAUUGUAACAAAUCUUCGGGAAAAAUGAAGGACCCAUGACUCACUGAGAAACUGGGAUGUGUGUGUAUUUUUUUCUGUUUAUGCCUUAUGCCUUGACUAUAAAUAAAACAGAUGUAAAGUGUUGCUACCUAAUAAACAUUGUCUGUAAUUUAA